AUGUCGCGGUGCCGCGCCGCGGCGGCGCACGUUUUUUGUGGUGCUUGGCCGCAGCGGUGCCGGUCCACCGCUCCCAGGCUCGAGUCGGGCCGAUGUCUCUGGAGGAGGACGACGAUUUUGCCGCCGCGGGCGCCGAUUUCGAGCGAAUUUAGUCUGCCGAGUGUCACUCUCAUGAUUCUCGGUUAUCAUGCUACGUUGAUCGAUUUGUCUGACCCAGCGCACUGCUGGGGAAGGCCACUGAACACGCUUCCUGGUGUGCCGCUGUCUUGUCCUGAGCACCUUGCCACGUUGUCAUUGUACGAGGGCGAAAUUGCACUCAGCCAGGCAUGA